CACCGUCCCACCAGCCUAGGGAGUCAUGGAUUUGGGGGUGACGUAGUGGGGUCUCUGGUAACCCCACUGCUGAGGACCAUUCCUGGCGGAGAGAGAGCCGGGAGAGAGGAAACAGCGACCGUGACUUGGGGCUCGGGUUACUUCAGCACCGCAGCUGUGGCUGGUCUUUGUCUCCAGCCCUCGGACUGACACCCUGGCCCCAGCUGUGCUGAUGGCUCCAGGGAAUGAGCGGAUGCACCACAGGUCCCAGUGCCUGGGGCUUUGAUUCCCAAGGAGCUCCCUCCUCGCCCUCCAGCGGUUCGGCUCCUGAACCUUUCCUGCAUCUCGGGCAUUGUAAAGCAUUUGGACGCCUCCCUCGGCACGUGCUCCCCCGGAGCCCAGCCUGACAGCCCAGGGAACUGAAGACCCUGCUUCUCCCCAGGACAUGGGUAACGACAGGACGAGCUUUCCACACACACCCUCGACCCUGACCCGAGGGGGGAGUUCAGGCUCCUGGACUCUGGACUAACACCCACCAACCUGUUCUGCCCAAGCUGCUGACCAGUCGCCAGGAGGUACCCAGGCUGGUAUCGGGGCAGGAUUGGAGCUGGAGGUGGAAUCCUGAGUCACCCAAGCCCCCUGAAUGCUUCCUCAGUAAACGUCUGACCCUUAAAUGGGGAAAGAGGCCAGGGCACGGGCCUCCCUCGCCCCACAGCCGUCGCAAUGCACCAGAGGACCCACUAGGUGUCGCUGAUUACUCCAGACAAGGGGAACCAAGCAGCGCCCAUCUAACUCCAAGCCCUGCAUACAGCCGCCUCCUGGGUGGAUCGAACCCACUCUCCGGCAGAGACCGGUGGGGCUGACUUUUUCUUACCCUGCAGCCACGCCUGCAUAGCUUGUCCUGCCAGUAAAUUUCCACUGAAUUGAUUCGUCCUGCAUAAAGCCUGGCAUGUAGAUUUCAACACCCCCUACCCCCGCUGCACUGCCAUGGCCCAUCAGUACAAAGGUCUGCCCACUGAGUUGGCAGUUUGUCCAUAGCAGGGCAUUCUGGGAUAGCUAUACACGGUCCUAACAGGCCGUGGGGUGGAAGAGAAGGUAGAGUCAGACCUGUUUGCAGUGUUGUCUGUCCCAGGAUAUUGGAGAUUCAAGAGGGAUGAGGUCAUAUCUUUCAAGGGACCAGCUGCCUGGUCGCGAGCUGUGGGCAUUCAUCCUCUGGGCUGGGCUGUUGCUCGCCACGCAACUUGCUCUAGGAACUGUGGAGGACGCCUGCAACUGCAGUACCACCGUGGCCUUCUCGGAUUUUCAGGCAGCUCCGGCCCGCCAGACAUGCUGUUUGAACUUCACCGGGGCUGAAAUUGGCUCCCUGGACUGGAGCCUCUUUGGUGGAGUAACAGGCCUGAGAGAGCUAUACCUCUCGCACUGCGGCGUGGUGGACAUUGUCAAUGCGCCCGGUGCGCCCGGCAGGCUGGAGAUCUUGCACUUGGAUCACAAUCAGUUGGAAAAGCUUCCAGAAAGUUUCCUAGAAGAUGCCCCGCAAUUGAGGGUCCUUCGUUUGGACAGCAACAAGCUUCGCAAGCUGCCCAAAUCCUUCCUGAGAGCUUCCACCCAAAUCCAAGAGAUUCACCUUGGCUUCAAUGACUUGGCCUCCCUUCCCGCCAGUGUCUUUAAGCCCUCUCUCACCAGGCUCGGCCUAGCCAACAAUAGCUGGGAUUGCACCUGCGCCUUGCUUGGUGACCUGGAGAAGUAUCCCCCAGAGCCACCCAGCGGGGACAUGCAGGGCCCUGUCGUGGUGUGCAGCACCCCAGAGCGUUACCGCAGCAUGGACAUCCGAGACAUCCGUAAGCAGGAGCUCUGCCGGGCCCACAGCUUGACCGCCCUGUUCAUCUGCUUGCCCCUGGUGGUCGUUUUAGCCCUGGUCGCCUGGUGCUUUUGCAGGCAGAAGAGAAAGACGGGCUACGCCCUCAGCCGCAGGCCGGAGUGCCACCUGGCCACAGUGGAGAGGAACGGUGCCAAGGGGCUGGCAGAGCCGCACCGCUACAUCCAGUGUGAGCCGCCCACUGCCCCCGCCGAGAGCGAGAAGAACACGCUGCUGAGGAACCAGGUCCUGCUGAAGCCCUCCACCGCCCUGCUGGGGAGCAACAGGGACCUCUACGAAGAGGUGGAAAUCAAGCUGGGGGCCUUGGACGAUUCCUUUGUGCUGGUCAACCAAGGGAGCCUCAGCCAGGAGACGGGUCCCGCGGGGGCACCGGCGGCAGAGGAGCUGGCGGGCAGCGACCCGGAAGCAGAGACAGUGAGCGUGACGGACGUGCUGAAGGACUCGGUGGACCGAGAGAAGCUCUACAUGGGCCAGGCGGUGGAUUAUUACAACCUGGUGCCUGCCAUUGAGUUGGAGGACUCCGACCAGCAGGAGUACGAGACCAUUGACCUGCACUGAGGCUUGGCCCGUGAGGGGUGUCCCGGGAACCUGGGGCCGUACCCUGCCCUUGCUGACACCCAGCGCGCUCCCGGGGGUGGGAGAGGGUGGGAGCUAGUGCGGGAUGCGGCUGGAGGGCAGUGAAUUGAGCUUGUCACUCAAACGACCGUUGUCAUGUCGAUCCAUUGGACUGGAGCGAGAGCGAUUGUACGUGAGGUAUAAAUGUCUGGAAAUGA